CGCCGCCGCUCCCGCGCCUCCAUUCGGCUCCGCCGCCGCCCGCCGAGGAGGGAACAGCGACAGUCGGGAGCACGGGAGAGGGACGCACCCUCCCCCGCCGCCAACCCGCUUCCUCCUCCUUCUCCUCCACCUCCUCCCCCGCCUCCGCCUCCGCCUCCCGGCCGGGAAGAGCUCGCCGUGCCCGCUGCAGCCCCGCUGGAUGCACUGAGCGCUCGGGCGCGGGGAGAGAGGGGCAGGAGGGAGCCGGGAGCCCCGCCGCGGAGGCGCUGCGCUACCCGGAGCCUCACGGCCAUUUGCUUUAAUUCUUUUAUUGCCCCCCGGCCGCCUCCUCCUCUCUGCCCGCGGGAGCCAGCCGAGGCGGCGGGGGCUGCAUCCCCCCUCCCCUUUUUUUUUUUUUUUCAUUUUUUUUUUUAAAUUUUCAUCGCCGCCAUGGGAUGUACCCUGAGUGCUGAGGAAAGAGCCGCCCUGGAGCGGAGCAAGGCCAUCGAGAAGAACCUGAAGGAGGACGGGAUCAGCGCGGCCAAAGACGUGAAACUACUCCUGCUCGGAGCCGGAGAGUCGGGAAAAAGCACCAUCGUGAAGCAAAUGAAGAUCAUCCAUGAGGAUGGCUUCUCUGGAGAAGAUGUGAAGCAGUACAAGCCAGUGGUCUACAGCAACACUAUACAGUCACUGGCAGCUAUUGUCCGUGCCAUGGACACCUUGGGCAUUGAGUACGGCGAUAAGGAACGACGGGCUGAUGCCAAGAUGGUCUGCGAUGUCGUAAGUCGGAUGGAGGACACAGAGCCCUUCUCUCCAGAGCUGCUGUCAGCUAUGAUGAGGCUCUGGGCAGACUCUGGGAUCCAAGAAUGCUUCAACCGGUCCCGGGAAUAUCAACUUAACGACUCAGCCCAAUACUACCUAGACAGCUUAGAUCGAAUUGGAGCUGCAGACUACCAGCCCACGGAGCAGGAUAUCCUCCGAACCAGGGUCAAAACAACUGGCAUCGUAGAAACCCAUUUCACAUUCAAAAACCUCCACUUCAGGCUCUUCGAUGUCGGGGGCCAGCGGUCAGAGCGCAAGAAGUGGAUUCACUGCUUUGAGGAUGUCACAGCGAUCAUCUUCUGUGUCGCGCUGAGUGGCUACGACCAGGUGCUCCAUGAAGACGAAACCACGAACCGCAUGCACGAAUCUCUGAAGCUUUUUGACAGCAUCUGCAACAACAAAUGGUUCACAGAUACUUCUAUCAUCCUGUUUCUAAACAAGAAGGACAUAUUUGAGGAGAAAAUUAAGAAAUCUCCACUGAGUAUCUGCUUUCCUGAGUACACAGGCCCCAACGCUUUCACGGAGGCGGUGGCCUACAUCCAGACCCACUACGAGAGCAAGAACAAGUCGGCCAACAAGGAGAUCUACACUCACAUCACCUGCGCCACCGACACCAACAACAUCCAGUUCGUGUUCGACGCGGUCACGGAUGUCAUCAUCGCCAACAACCUGCGGGGAUGCGGACUCUACUGAGGGCUCCUCCUCCUCCUCUCCUCUCCUGGCACCGCCCGAGCAUCCUCCGCUCCCGCGGACAGGUCCUCCCUUUCCUUGCUUUUUCCUCCUCGGAAGAUGACAAGGAAGAAAUACAUAAUUCCCACCUCCCGUCCCAGAAAACUCUGCAGCAAGUUCUGCUUUCCCCAGACCCGUUUUAUUUUAUUUUGGUCCAUUUUUGGUUCAUUCCCUUGCUGCCCCGUUCUACUCCUCCGUUCCGAUUCACAGUGUUGUGCAGGGAGCUAACGCAUUUCCCACGAAGUGCAUUUCAACUGCCAAAAGACAAAAAUACUUCAGUUUUAAAGAGAGAAAAAAAAUCAAAGCCUUAAAAUACUGGUCAGGAACAGUGUAGUUUGGAACCAAAACUUUUAUUUUGCCUUGAAAAUUAAGGAAUAUUGUUCAUUCUCCUGGUUAUUUGCCUUUUUUAAAAAACGCUAUUCCUUUGGGAAGUGCUAAAUACAACCUGAUCAUUUUGAGGGUAUCUUACAGCUCCAGUUCUGACCCCAAAGCUGGAGGGUUUGGUGUGGAAUGCAGCCACCAUAGCUUGGAUUUAUACAUUCUCCUCUUUUCCAGACAGCUAUUUGAACAAGUAAAACAGCCAUAUCGAGUCCUGCUGGUGUCUGAGUAACAGGGACACAGUAACCAAGCCUACUAAGCCUUGUCUAAAAGCAUUCAUUACUGGUAGCAGUUUUACCUCAAGUUUUUCAAAAUUAAUGAUAAAAUGUAUCUAGUGGUUGCUGUAACCCAUUUCUGAGGCACUUCCAUGGGGGCCAUGGAGGCGCUGGGCUGGGACCCCUGGAGUGUAGGCAGUGGAGAUGUCCCAGGAAUGGUGUCCUGAUGGGAGCUCCACACUCAGUGGCACCCUGACAAGGAAUCCAGCCUGGGGACCUUUCCCACAGCACCUCCCAGCAAAGGUGAUGCUCCUGCAAACACACAGCAUCACUUUCCAAACUUCAGCCUUGAAAUGCUGGGGAGCACAAAAAAUAUUUAGCCCUGGCUUCUUGUAGGCAGAGUCUGACUAUCAAGUGCCUGAGAUGGGAAAGGUGCUUUGGGAAACCUCCCUGUGCUUGGGCAGCAGCAAAGUGUGCAAGAACCUCGUGGCCCUUCAUUGCCCCUUGGGCAUCUAAACCCCCUGAGAAGCCCAACCUUGUGCUCUGAGCCUCCUUUCCUGUGUCACCUCCUGCCUGAGCAUCCCAGAGACAGCUCCAGGGUUGGUGUCUCCAGUCAGGGCAUCUCUUCAUCAGUACUGAGAUGGAUGGUUAACAGUGACAGAGGAGAGCUCAGGGAGCUGAUUUGAGUCAAGUGAUGGAGUAGGAAGGAAAAGUGCAAGGGAAAAAAGAAGGAAGGGCAGGAGAGAGGAGUGAGAAGGACGAGGGUAGCACCCAGCACAGCAAAACUGGGGGCUCAGAGAGGACAAAUGCAGGAGGGCUGAGGUAUGUGUGGCCACCACCAAGAACUCUGGGUGCUGCUGAGUCAAAGGCAGAAGGGAAUGUGAGAGGUGGGAUGUCACCUCUGGGGACAUGGAGGGACUCUUAGAAGUCCACCCCAGAAGCUUGUUAGUGGCAGAAGUUCAGCUGUCCUCUCUCAGGAGCCUCAUCCAGGAGUGGCUCUCAGGUCUCAGGAGGUCUCUUCAGGGCUGUGGUUGAGAGGGACAAUAUCUCUUCUCACUGUGCCCAUUUAGGAGAGGGUGUGAGAGCAGCCCAGAGCAGCACAGCCCCAAGGGGAGGAACACAUAUGGUGGCACAGGAGGGAGAGGACAGUGGGAGAGGCUUAGGGAACAUUUUGGGAGACAAGCUGCAGAAGGGAUAUGAGGCAGACUGAGACAGCAGGAAGGAUGGGAAGAGAAGGGCACCUGGGAGCCAGAGGAGAGUCCCCAUCAGGGGCUGUGCUCUGCCAGGACAGUAUUUGUGGGACAUUUGUGACAAAUCCCCAGGAAGGGAUGUGAGCACCCUGAGGCCUGCAGAGGAAAAGGGGGUGUCUGUCACCCAUGCAACCAGCUGCAGCCCAGCAUGGCUGGUGACUGUCAGUAACCCCCAGAGAGCAUUAAAUGAUGCAUUUACUAUUGUGCAGCAAGGAUCUGCUGCUGCUCUGCUGGGCACUAAGAGCAAUAACACAACUCCCUGCCUCCCCUGCUCUGGCACAAGCAAACACCCACCUUUUUCUCUUCACCAUCUCAGCCUUAAAAUGCCUCCAAUGGCAUCGGCUCCUGCAAAGAGCUGGCCAAAACCAGGAGUUCCUCUCUGCUCCUUGUGCCCCAGCAGCAACACCCAGCAUCCAUGUGGGUGUUGUACAAAGCCCAUGGCAAGAAAAAACACACAUUGGUUACAUUUGGUACCUAAAAUGUGUAACCAGUGGACCCAGAGUGAUGAUGGCUGGUGCUGGCAGGGAUGUAGGUCUUUUAUUAAGUUCUAUAAGAAGCGUUUGAUCAGAAGCACUGGAGUUUUUGAGAUUUUCUAUUCCCACCCCUUGCUGUGAAUGAUGUUUCAUCCAAGCAAAUAAGUAACAAAAGCUGUUCCCAGGGAAGGCUGCACCACACCAAGGCUUUGUAAACUCCCAGCAUAAAGCACAGAGGAAUAUUUUGGUAAAGACAAUUUAAAUUAACUCCAAACUCUGCCAAAUGCAGUCAAGUGGCCAGUGCUGGCCCAGUGUGCUUUUACUGCUCCCCAGGCUGGAUUCAGGUAACCCAUUCCCAGCUUUGCCAGCUGGGAGGUCCAAGCCCCCUCUGCAGCUCCAGCAGGUCCCUGGCACAUUGAUGGCCAUCAGCAGCUGGUGCCCCAUGGGGAGAAAAGGGAGAAAAAGCAGAGGAAAUGUUGCCACAAAGAGCCUCUUCUUUCAUUUUCUCUGGCAUAUUGUGUGUCUAAAGCUUCAUCUCAGCUGCUGCUGCUGACAUUCCCUCCCUCACACGAGUGUCAUGAGGAUUCACUGACAAAUGCUGGAAGCAGCCUUUGGAAGAUGAAAUGCUUCCAGUGUUAAACACUACUAGUUCUGCUUGAUGGCCACCGUGUAUAGAUUUGUGUCUCCAGAACUCCUGCCAAAUCAUUACUCACUGCUGGCUUCUGCACCCUCCGAAGCCCUUCCUGACAGAUGUGCCUUCUGCAGGCAAUCUUUUGCCCCAUACUUUUUCUAAACACAAGCAAUUCUUGCAGUAGUUGCCUAAAAAGUACCUUGAAAUACAUUGCCUGCUUUCAAAAGGCUUUUCUUAACAGCCCCUUGUGCUUUGCAAUUGCUGUGCUCUGAAUCCAGACCCUUGGAGAUCCAGAGCUGUGUUUCCUUUGCAGUCUCCACAAAGCAGGGAUGUUGCAACUGGUACAGCUGCAUCAGAAAUCCUACCAGGGCAUGGAGGAUAGAUUUUUAAAAGCACAAAAUAGAAACAGCUAUGUAUACACCCUGCUGCCCUUCAAAGCUAAUGUGGGAAUUUGCAAAAAAAAAAAAAAA